AUGACUGUUUCUUCUUCAUCUCCAACUCAUUUUAUACCGAUUGAUCCUCGUAUUUAUUGUGAAACCAUGAAUGAACUUCAUUCAUACAUCACAAGUUCGAAAACGUGUAGUGAUCAACGUCUAUUUUCUAUUGAUUUACGUCGUGAAUCAGCUUAUGUUUAUUCAUCAGUAAAACUUCGACAACAAAAACGAGAACGACAACGUAUGUUUAUAAUAAAUAAUGAAUUUUCUUAUCUAAAUAAUAAAUUUAAUAUAAUAGAAAGUAGUACAAGUUAUUCUCGUCAACAUCAUUCAACAAAUACACUUGAUGAACAACAUAUAACACCUUCGAAUUAG